AUGGCGACGGAGUACGAGCGGAAGAGAUUGGAGAACAUAAGGCGUAACGAUGAGAUGAUGGCUGCUCUCAACGUCCGAGCCAAAGCCUCUCUCCUCUCCGCCGCAACCAAACGCUCUCGAGACGAAUCUAAAUCGUUUAAGAAGAAGAAGAGCAAACCUGAAACGCCUAUUGUUAUGAGAAAGUCUCUACGCACAAGGGGCUUGGAUCCGGAUACCGUUGGUUUACCCGAUUGGUUCUCGGACUAUCCCAAACGUAUGGCUUCUACUCCUCCUCCUUCAGCGCCUCUGCAGAAAUCAUCCGCUCGUUUAUUGGCUCCUCUUCCAUUUCAUAAGGCUUAUGAUGGAGAGGGCUCUUGUAAGAAGUUUGUUGAGACUAUGGUUAAUGUUGAUGUUGCAACGGUUAAGGAUAAUUGUAGUAGCAAUAGGAGGAGAUCUUCUCGCCUGUCUAAUGUUAAGGAGGAACAUGUUUUAUCUCGUGAAAGAAAUUUGGUUAAGGAUGAUUCUCCUAUGAUAAAUGGUUAUUUGAAGAAAGAAGUUGUUAAGGGUGAGAAGAUUGAGUUUGAUAUGGAACAUUUGAGUUUAGAAUCGCAUAACGUAGCACGUGUUGUUCCUGGGAGGAUUUUUGUUGUUAAGUUCAUGCCUUGCGAGAAUGUUAAGCUCCUUGCUGCUGGGGACAAACUUGGCAAUGUUGGUUUUUGGAAUUUGGAUUGUGGUGAUGAUGAAAAUGAUGGGAUCUAUAUGUUCCAUCCUCACACUUCCCCUGUUUCAUCUCUUGUGUUUCAGCAAAACUCUUUCUCAAAGGUUAUUAGCAGCAGCUAUGAUGGUCUCAUCCGGUUGAUGGAUGUUGAGAAGUCGGUUUUUGAUCUCGUUUAUUCCUGCGAUGAUGCUAUAUUCUCCCUCUCUCAGAGACCUAAUGAUGAUCAAAGCUUCUAUUUUUGUGAGGGAUAUGGAAUGUUGAAUGUAUGGGACAUCCGAGCAGGAAAGUCGAGUUUCAAAUGGGAUUUACAUGAACAUAGGAUAAACUCUAUAGAUUUCAACCCGCAAAAUCCCCAUGUCAUGGCUACAAGUUCCACAGAUGGGAGUGCUUGCCUUUGGGACUUGAGAAGCAUGGGAUCUACAACACCUAAAACAUUAAAGACUGUGAAUCAUUCUAGGGCCGUGCAUUCUGCGUAUUUCUCUCCUUCUGGUCUCUCACUUGCGACUACAAGCGUUGACAACCAUAUUGGUAUUCUAAGUGGCGUCAAUUUCGAGGAUACUUCCAUGAUAUCUCACGACAAUACCACCAACAGGUGGAUCUCUACUUUCAGGGGAGUGUGGGGGUGGGAUGAUUCAUACAUCUUUGUAGCCAAUCGUUCGUCAAAAGGAGUUGAUGUGAUCUCAACGAAACUGAAGAGAACAGUAAAGGAAUUGCAAGACCCUCUUAUGAAAGCUAUUCCUUGCAGACUCCAUUGCCAUCCUCUCAAUGUUGGGGUGCUUGCUGGAUCCACUGCAGGAGGACAGGUCUAUGUUUGGACACCGAAGUAG